AGCCACAGGAGCGAUGCUGGUUGAACUGAAGAGCUUUUGGCGACGUGAAGUGAAGUGAAGUUUUUUUGGGUGGACUCUGAGCCUUGGAUUAGUGCAAGUUCCGCCCACGAGACAAGCAGGAACCUUUAAGAUCCACAAUGGAAAGAGCCUAAAACACCUGGAAGAAGAGCAGUUCCCUCUUGUCAUCAUCUGUCAUGGCCGCUCUGCGUCGAUUCAGCUCCGAGGGAUCCCUCCUGGAUCUCGAUUUCUUCUCAUUGAGGAAGGUGAACCUCAAGAGAACAGAAUAUGACAACCGCCGGGAAUCUGGCACAUACACACCUCGUGUUGCUGACGAUGAGGUGGAUGCAGAGGAGCCUCCUAUCGUUCAGGAGCCAAGUCCUUCUCAGGCUGGAAAGAGAGAGCUGAUUAAGGAGCACAGUGUCAGCGUGGAGAACCUGAGAGACCUGGAGAAAAAGAACAAGAGCCAACUCGAAGUGUGUCCCAUCGGCGACUGCUACAGGGCCUACAGUGAUAGCCAACUGGCCCCGGCUGCAAAGGGAAGCACAGAGAGCGUAGAAAGAGAUGACCUACCUUCUCCAUCUGCUUCGUCGUCGUCCAAUCCAUUCCCCCUCAAAUCCCAGCAUCGAGCCAAACUGUCAGCUGCUAAACUGCACCUCAAGAGUCUGUUCAGUCAGAGUCCCCAUUCCUCAAACUCCAACCUUUCAAACACAGAACAAAAAGACAGUGCCAAAGAGAGGCGGUCACGUUUGCUCUUCAUGCGUCAGUGGAGCCAGGUGGGCCAGAGUCAGAAGUACAAGUUAAAUCGAGUGGAAAUGGAAAAAUGGGCCGAGUCCCUGGACUGCCUGCUGGCCAGUCAGACUGGGAUUUCAGUGUUUGGGGCAUUCCUGCGUUCCGAGUUCAGUGAAGAAAAUCUGCAAUUCUAUCAAGCCUGUGAGCAGUACCAACGUUCGUCCAACAACUUCAGCCUGCAGAAGAGGGCAAAGGACAUCUGCGCUACCUACAUCCGACCUGGUUCACCUCGGGAGGUGAACUUGGACUGCAAGACCAGAGAUCUCACCAUCCAGUUGCUGCAGGCUCCCUCUCACACGUCUCUGUACCAUGCCCAGAAGCGCAUCUACUGGCUGCUGGACAUGGACUGUUACCCCCGCUUCCUCCAGUCCACCAUCUACCUCUCCUUACUGCGGGAGGCCGACUAGCAUCCGCAUGCUUAUUGCACGCAGACUGUGAAUGCAGUAGGGAUGGCCUCCGGUACUUCCUGGAUUUCCUACUUAAAUAAUACAGACAGCAAAGUACGAAGGGGGGGGGAAAAAAAAAAAAAAAAAAAAAAAGUCAAGAAUAAAGUUGUAAUGUUAGCAUUAUUUGUAAUAUUAUGAAAAUAAGUGUUAUUUUAUGUGACACAAAUGUGGUGAUAUUACAAGAAUAAAAUUCAAAUUUUAAAAAUAAAUGUCCAAAUUCCCAUACAGAUGUACAGUAUGCAACAGUCAGAGCCCAGCAGCUCCUGUCUGUCUGUACCGACUGUCCUACAGUACAUUAAUUGGGUUGUAAAAUGAUAUAUUUGUUUCAAAAAAUGGUUCAUGACGAACAAAUGCACCAAAAGGGGCGAUUUCUGUUUCAACAUUUGAACAAUAUGAAUGAAAUUAAACUGCUCAUACUGAUAAUUGUGAGAGGAAAAAAGUUGACCACAUUCCCAGCAGUCCUCAGUUUACCACGGAUAUUGUGCUGAUAAUGUCAUGACUUUAUUCUUGUAAGAUUACUACCCCCCCCCCCCCCCCCACCCCACACCUCUAUUAUCAAUCCAUUUUCCUGUCGUCAUUUGAGUCAUGAGUAACUGUAGCCUAUCUUGGCUGACUUCAUCGAAAAGGGAGGCUCCUGUACACCCUGGUUUGGUAUCCGGGGGCAGGCACGAAAAAAACAUCCACACUCACAUACCUUUGUACAAUUUAGAGUAGUACUCGAAAUAGCCUGCCGCAUGUUUUUGUAAUGAAGGAGGAAGUUGGAGUACUCAGGCAAGCUUUUGCCUAAUUGUUCUUGUAGUUCCAUGUAUGAUGAACUUUUAAUGACAAAUGCAUGCGAAUUUAUGUACCAGAACGAUGGGGCACUCUAUUGCUGGUGCAAAUUAGGAUUGCUCAGCCUUGGUGGAGGUCCGCGCUGUUCCUCAUUAAGUUGAUCUAGAAACCUGUCCUACAUUUACAGAAAAACACUCCUGCCCUAACACAUUACUUGUAAAUAUUUACAAUAAAACUGAAAAAUUAGUGUUAAGAUUUUUGUUUGUUUGUUUUGGACAAAUACAUGGUGUAAUAUUUUACCUCCAAUAAUAAAGUGCCUGCAACUGACCAGUUAUCAGUAGUUCCAA